UGGAGAAUUUGAGGUAAGAUAACAUAAUAUUAAUUGUUAUUUUCCUCAUGUUAAUUGUACAAUAUUCAUCAUAAUUAUUUUAUUUGUUACCUUGUGGCUGUGUAACUGACAGGAUGUUCUUCGUAAAGUUCAUAAUAUCUGUUGCCCUUUUGCUUGUUCAUGACUCGCAAGCAGAUUAUUUUGACGAUUAUAUAAAAUGGUUACAAGCAUCAAGUGUCAAACCGGACGUACAUGCCAAUCCGUCACCAACUGCCUUUAGAGAUUCGUGUGAAACACCCGAUAAAAGAGAAGGGAGAUGUGUAAGGCCGUCAGAAUGUAAUCAAAUAGAAGAAAAGAUUGAUCCAACAACACUCUUCGAUAUAAGGUCUGGAAGUUGUCAUUACUUACGACCGUGCUGUCCGUAUGAAUUGAUCAGGGAAAACGAAAGAGAGCCCGAACGAGAGGAACCAACCACGUUGGGAUGUGGUUGGACCAAUCCAGGAGCUAAUAUGUUCAGAUCAGGACAGACAUAUAAUCAUGUUGCUGACUUUGGAGAGUUUAGGUGGAUGGUGGCACUUCUGAAAAUAACAAGCGACUCAGGAGUGUGGCGAAACCCAGAUGACUAUAUUGGGGGUGGGUCGCUCAUACACCCCUCUGUUGUUCUCACAGUAGCCCAUUAUGCUGCUGAUAAAACGCCUGAUAUGAUCAAAUGUCGUGCCGGUGAAUGGGAUACCCGGACUGUUGACGAAGUAGAACCUCAUCAAGAUAGAGAAGUCCGAAAGAUUAAAGUUCACCCUGAAUAUAUAAGUGCUAAAUUAUACAAUGAUGCAGCUCUGUUAGUCCUCAAGGAACCGUUCAACUUAUAUAAUGCACCUCAUAUUGGAGUGGGAUGUUUGGGAUACACUAUGCCUCCUCCAAAUACGAUUUGCUACAGUAUGGGAUGGGGAAAAGAGGAGUUUAAAGGCCGUGAAUAUGCUAAUAUAUUAAAAAAGGUCCAGUUGCCUCUAGUCUCCAAAGAUCAAUGUGAAACAGCUUUUAAGAGGACUCUUAAUUCUGAUUCUCCUGUGCACAAUUCCUGGAUAUGCGCAGGUGGCGUAAAAGGCUCUGACACGUGUACAGGUGAUGGUGGUUCGUCUCUGGUUUGCCCUAUCCAGUGUGAUGGUGAACCAAGACGGUACGCGAUCUACGGCAUGGUGGCGUUCGGUGUUGGCUGCGGAGACAGUUUACCAGCAGGUUACGUCAACAUCCCUCAUGUCUACAACUGGAUAGUCAGAUCGAUGAGGGAUGAAGCACUGAAUGAAACAUCCUUUGUGCCGGAGCAACAUUGAAUGUUUUAAGGCGACAAGUUUUAUUUCUAUCUCAACUUGUUUCAUUUCUUUUAAUCAUAAUAUACUAGCUUUGAUAGCAAUUAA